AUGCUCCCGUUCUAUACCGCUGUCCUAUUCAAUCUUGUAUGGACGUUAAACGCGUUUUCUAUUCCGAAUGUUAACGCAACGUUCUCCAAGUCGCCCAAGCCGUUCGUACUUCGCGUUAACAAAGACUUCAUCGACGAUACAAGACAGCGGGUGUUGACCGCCAGGUCUCCCAUCUUCCUUGAAACUACAACCUACGAAGGUCCGAGCAGGGACAACUUUACUCACGUUCAGGAGUACUGGGUCCAAGAAUACAACUGGACUAGGGUCGAGGAAUCUAUUAAUAAACAACUGCAGCAAUUCACGACAAUUGUUGAGCCAACCAUAGGCAACGACACCAGUCCAAUCCCACUACAUUUCGUCCAUCAUCGCUCGCCGCGCGAAGAUGCCAUUCCCCUCCUCUUCAUCCACGGCUGGCCAGGGUCAUUCCUCGAGGUCAGCAAUAUCAUAGACGAGUUGACACACCCACCUAACAAAUCCUUGCCGGCAUUUCACGUGGUAGCUCCUUCGAUACCAGGCUUUGGAUUUUCUCCUGCCCCUGAACGCCCUGGAUUUGGACCCGUUCGUGCUGCACAUGCUUUCAACAAGUUAAUGCAGCAACUCGGCUACGUAAGAUACGUCGUACAGGGCGGGGACUUUGGCGGCGUCAUUCUUCGUUUCCAGGCACAUCUCUUCCCAAACAAUGUCGUUUCUGCAUUGAGCAAUUUCUGGAUCAUCCAGCCGGAUCAGAGCGAUUUCCGCAGGCUCGCGCAAGGAUUGGCAACUCCUGAUGAAACAACAUACAUUGCGACGCUGGAAACUUAUAUCAACCAGGCAUCCGGCUAUCGCAUACUUCAACAGACCCAGCCACUUACAUCAGCCUUUGCAGUGUCGGACUCUCCGCUAGGCAAUGCGAUGUGGAUGUAUGCUCUGAUGGCAGAGGUCGUUGAUCCAACAAUCAAGAAUUGGACGCCAGAAGAGAUCAUUACCUGGUCAAUGAUGUAUUACAUCCAGGGACCAUAUGCCGGCAUGCGCUUCUACAGGGAGGUGGCUAAUGACGGCGCCCUUGACGGAGUUGACUUUGGCACUAUCCCGUGGGUGAAAAUCCCCGUGGCAAUCAGCCAGUUUCCUUAUGAUGUCGCCUAUCGACUGCCUCUUGAAUGGGCGAGACGUGGUGGCAAUGUGAUCAAGAGAAACGUCCACGACCAUGGCGGUCACUUUGCAGCCUACGAAGUACCCGACCUGCUGCUCAGAGAUAUCCGCGAAUGGUUCGGCGAUCGGGUUGUCUCCGGAACGAAAGCGUUCCUCGACUGA